CUCAACAAAAAGACUUGGAUAAUAAUGGUGUCCUACUAACCGAAUUCCAUGUCAAGCACAUUAGCCGUAAAUGCAGUAGUUGGUGGUCAUAAAUUAUCCGUGCAUCGCUGCAAAAGAGGAAAAACAGAUCUACUCGAGUUGACGACCACCGCCGGAAACAGAAAAAUAACGAGUUUGACAUCCGCGUUCAACUCGCUUAAUUCUUCUUCCUGCUAUGCAGCAGAUACAAGAAUGAAUAAUAUCAUACACAUCGUGUUUUACUACUCUCUUCUUAUUAUCAUCAACACUCUCCUCACCACUAACGCAAUCGACACCAUAAACACUUCUCACGCACUUAGACACAGCACACUGAUUUCAUCGGGAGGGACGUUUGAACUAGGGUUCUUCAACCCCGGGGAGUCGAAUAGGUGGUACGUGGGCAUAUGGUACAAGAGAAUAACACCCAAAACUGUGGUGUGGGUGGCCAACAGAGACAAACCGCUCCCAGAUACAUCAGGUACGCUCACAGUCAUAGCGCCGGGACGUUUACUUCUUCUAAAUGCUGCAAACGCUACUGUUUGGUCUACUAAUACAUCAGUCAGCCUGCAGACGCGGGCCCCAGUCGCGCAGUUGCUCGACUCGGGGAAUCUCGUUGUGAGGGAUGCAAAUGAUGGUCUGAAUAUUGUGUGGCAGAGUUUCGAUUUCCCAACGGACACUCUGCUGCCGGGGAUGAAGCUAGGUUGGAACUACGUGACCGGCCGAGAAGCCUACUUGACAUCAGCCAAGAACGGCGGAGAUCCGGCGUCGGGAGAUUUCACAUUCCACUGUGAUCCUACCGGCUACCCACAAAACGUUCUUAAAAAGGGCUCCUCUGUGCAGUACAAGUCAGGGCCUUGGAACGGUCUCGGCUUCAGCGGCGGCAAGAAUUUGAUGAGGAAUGCCCUUUUCAAGUUCGGAGUGGUGAUGAGCAAGACCGAGGUUUACUAUCACUACGAGCUCCUCAAUGACUCCGUCAUAACGCGAUUUCAGGUUAGUGAGAGCGGCGUCGCGGAGAGGUUGGUUUGGGGAGAUGAAGCACGAGAUUGGGCUAUUUAUCAUACCAUACAAGUAGAUAGCUGUGAUAUCUAUAAUACCUGUGGUGCGCAUGGUAGUUGUAAUGCUGAGAGUGUUCUUGAUUGCGCGUGCUUGAAAAAAUUUGAACCGAGAGAUCCUUUGGGGUGGAGUAGGCAAGAAUGGAGAAAUGGAUGCAUACGAAGUAAAGCCUUGAAUUGCCAAAGUGGAGAUGUGUUUUUGAAGUAUUCGGGGAUUAAAUUGCCUGAUACUCAGCAUUCUUGGUUCAAUGCUAGUUUGAGCCUUGGCGAAUGCAAGGAAGUUUGCUCCAAAAAUUGCUCUUGUAUGGCCUAUGCUAGCCUUGAUAUAAGCAGAGGAGAAAAUGGAUGUCUACUUUGGUUUGGUGACCUUGUUAACAUAAGAGAAAUGUCUCCUGGCCAAGAUAUCUACAUUAGGCUGGCUUCCUCCGAGUUAGACGACUCUAGAGGAAAGAAACGAGAAGUACUUAUUGUGACGUUGUCUCUAAUUGUCGGAGUGAUUCUGUUAUGCUUGAGCUUGUUGCUAUAUUUUCAGAUGAGUAAGAGGACGGAUCAUCAACCGGCAGAAACAGGUUGGGGAAGAGUCGAUAACCCCGAAGAUCAUGCUGAUGAAAGUGACAAUAAGGAGCUAGAGCUACCACAAUUUGACUUGUCUACUGUAGUUAAAGCCACAGAUGAUUUCUCUUUAAACAACAAGCUUGGAGAGGGUGGAUUUGGGCCUGUUUAUAAGGGCGUCCUAGACGAGGGGCAGGAAAUUGCUGUCAAGCGUCUGUCAAAAACAUCCCAUCAAGGAGUAGAUGAGUUCAAGAAUGAGGUGAUCUGCAUCGGUAAACUUCAACAUCGAAAUCUAGUGAAGCUACUAGGAUGGUGCAUUCAAGGAGCAGAAAAGAUGUUGGUCUAUGAAUACUUGACCAACAAGAGUCUUGACAUAAUAUUGUUCGAUCCUACAAGAAGCAUGUUACUUGACUGGCCAAGGCGCUUCAACAUUAUCAAUGGCAUUGCUCGGGGCCUUAUGUAUCUUCAUCAAGAUUCCCGUCUUCGAGUAAUCCACAGAGACCUCAAAGCCAGCAAUAUACUACUAGAUUCUGAUAUGAACCCAAAGAUAUCAGACUUUGGCCUUGCUAGAACUUUUGGAGGGAAUGAAACUGGAGGAAACACAAGCAGAGUAGUAGGAACAUACGGCUACAUGUCCCCGGAAUAUGCUGUGGACGGCAUGUUCUCAGUGAAAUCAGAUGUGUUUAGCUUCGGAGUUAUAGUGCUUGAAAUUGUGAGCGGUAAGAGAAACAGAGGAUUUGUUCAUAGUGAUCACCGCCUCAAUCUUCUCGGACAUGCAUGGAUGCUUCACGAAGAGGACAGGGCGAUCGAGAUGGUUGAAUCUUGUAUGAGAAAUUCAUGCGACGUAUCACAAGUAAUGAGAUCAAUCCAUGUAGGUCUUUUAUGUGUUCAACAACACCCUGAAGACAGGCCGAGCAUGUCUUCAGUGGUAUUGAUGCUGAGCAACGGAGGCGUUCUGCCUGAAGCCAAACAUCCUGGUUUCUUUACAGGAAGAGAGAUACUAAAGAGUGAAACUUCAAUUAGCUCCACCACGGCAAGUUCAACAAAUGCAUUGACAAUUUCGCUCGUAGAGGCUCGAUAAACUCGUGAGAGAUUAGAUUAGCAUAUAAAUAUACAAUUGUUAGGAUUUUGAUUUGUUUGAUUGAGACAAUCGUGAUGAAAAGUUUCUGCUUUCGAAUGCUGUGUUGCAGAUGUAUUUUCGAGAGAGCUUGAAAGGAUUCACUUGAAUUGAAUCAGAUGACUUAUAGAUCUUUACCCCAACAA